AUGGCGGAAGCUUGGUCGCAAUUUCUCGCCGCCCUCGAUGUCGCGAUCGUCCGUUCGGUGGGAUCCUGUCCGGUCUGUCUAGAAGAGUACAAACCAGACAGGUUACCGACCACGAACACAUGCGGCCACAGCUUUUGCGACGAAUGCACGGCAGGUUUACAGAAGCAUGGAAACAAGGAAUGUCCGGUAUGCAGAGCCACGCUCAUGGGUGGAACCAAGUGUUUGGGUUUCAGGCAGUUAUUGCUCAAUCUUUGGGACCGAUGA